UCAACCGCCCCUUCAAUUUCUCCAUCACUAUCAUCACACUCUCUUCACAGCUCUGCGUCUGAAAAUGGAAGGUCUGAUCAAGGGCGUUCUCGAUAUCGCGCUCGGCCACGACGACAAUAGAGACGAAGAAUCCGCUCCGCAGUCUCGAGACGAACGAUCCAGAUCCACUUGGGCUCAGGUGGUGUCCGGGGAGGAGGAUGCGGGAGAUCGGAGACAAGGGUAUGCUCCGAAUCGGAGGGACGAUGAGGAAGAGGGUCGUUCGCGGCGGCAGGAGUGGGAGGUUGAGGGUUCGAGGAUUUCUGGGCAACGGCAGCAGGGUGAAUACCGUAGUGAGCAUGGUCACAACAGAAACCAUUGGGCUACAGAGGAGGGCUCUGAGGAGAAAAAUGAUGGGUGGGAGACUGUCCACAAAAAGCCGCCUAGGAGAAAACACAAGGUGCAGAUAGAUAAUUGGGGAGGAUACAAACGACCUCCCAGUGAGCAAAAUUACUCUGAUGAGGUGGAAGUUGGUGCUGAGCUAGAACCCUCAGAAGACGAGCUUGCCGAUUUGUCCCGUGCCUGUAACAAGCUCUGGGAACUUGAUCUAAAUCGUUUGGUACCUGGAAAAGAUUAUGAAAUUGAUUGUGGUGAAGGGAAGAGGGUCAGCGGAAGGGAAGAUAUGGCAGAAGGAUGCCUCUUUAGUUGGGUUAGUGAAGAUGCAUUUAGGAAGCCAACAUUUUCACGUUUUUGUUCACUACUUGAUAACUACAACCCGGAUCAAGGGAGCAGAGAAAUUGUGACAGCUGAGGAGAGGCAAGAGCAGGCAGCAUUCGUAGAAGAAAUUAGCAGAACUGCACCAAUUAAGUACCUUCACAAGUAUCUUUCAUCCAACGGAGUUACACCCAAUGAUUACCAAGAUUUCAAACGUUUGCUGACCAGUCUGUGGUUCGAUCUUUAUGGUCGGGGUGGAACAUCUGGUUCCUCUUCUGCCUUUGAACAUGUUUUUGUUGGAGAAAUCAAGCAACGAGGUCAACAAGAGGUUUCUGGUUUCCACAACUGGCUUCAGUUUUACCUUGAAGAAGCCAAAGGGGCUGUUGACUAUCAAGGUUACAUUUUUCCCCGACGACGUGGCCAGUUUCCUGAUUCAGAAACUCAAUUGCUUACCAUUCAGUUUGAAUGGAAUGGUAUUCUCAAAUCUGUCUCAAGCACUUUGAUAGGAGUUAGCCCUGAGUUUGAACUUGCACUGUAUACACUAUGCUUCUUCCUCGGUGGAGAGGAUAACCAUGUCGAGCUCGGACCCUAUCCCAUUAAUAUCAAGUGUUAUCGACUUGGAAACAAAAUCGGGUCCGUGUUUCCUGUAGCAGAGUCUUGAAGUUCCCUCACUGAGAUUAAUCCAGUUAUUUCCCUUCAAGCCCUUGGUAUACUUGUAAGACAGGAUUGUAUUAUAGAUUUUGAGAACAUUAGUGAUUAUUAUGAGACAAUAAUAUCUUUAGGACACAACAGUUCUAUCUUCUAUAUGAUGGAAUGGAAGAACAUGAUUUCAUGAUAUACUCAUUAGAUUAUAGGAGGAUCCUGAAACUUUUGUAUUAUUACAUUGGAAUUGCAAAAGGAUGUCUUUAUAUCUUCUUUGUCUUCUCAAUGGUUUGUAAAGAUACUGAUUCAGACAACUUAUAUUUGCUUUCAUUUCUUCCCAAGGCUGAAUGCAUGUGAGACAUUAUGUAAAUGUAGUUGCUUCUCA